GGAACCCCAGUGGUCCUACCCAUCAAACCCACCGGCUAAUACAGUCGUCGUUUCCAUAUCAACAACGUUUUGAUCAAAUAUCUUAAAACUAUUUCCAAUAACAAUUAAUCCCCAUUUUCAUCUUCAUUCAAUAAUCGGAAGCUUCGUAUUCAUCUUCAUAAUUUGUAUAUACAAAAACUCAAUUCAGAAAAGGAUUAUCGGAUCUCGUUUAGUUGAAUUGGAAAUUGUGGAUGGCGAAUUUGUACGUAACGGCGGUGCCGACGACGGAUCUGAAUCGGAACACCGAGUGGUUCACGUAUCCAGGUGUAUGGACUACGUACAUCCUGAUUCUAUUCUUUUCAUGGCUCGUUGUUCUCUCCGUCUUUGGUUGCUCUCCUGGCAUGGCUUGGACCAUUGUUCAUCUCUCUCAUUUUCUCGUCACAUAUCAAUGUUUUCACUGGAAGAAGGGAACACCAUUUUCUGAUGACCAAGGUAUCUACAAUAGAUUGACUUGGUGGGAGCAGAUAGAUAAUGGGAAGCAGCUUACUCGCAACAGGAAGUUUCUAACAGUUGUCCCUGUGGUGCUGAUCAACUGCACCCUUCGAAGCUCGGGGAUAAUGGACCUGUUCCUCUACCCUUCUCCACUUAAAUACCAGGCUUAGUUCGCAUGGCGCAAGGCUCGAACCUGUGACGUAAGUUAUAAGUCCCUCAACCUUUGCCACUUGAACUAAGCCCUGGGGGCACUGAUUUUUCAGUAUUUCAAGGAUAAAAAUGCCAUUUAUUCAUAAGAAAAGCAUUAUGCAUCCUUCGUUUAACAAUAUGUUUUGUUGUUUAGGAAGCUCUCAAGUUCUCAAUGACAUAGAGCUUAUGAAAAUUCACUUUUGGAGUCUGGUACAGCCGAGCUGGCUCCUGAAACUUUUGUUUGCAUUGUAACCUAUUUAUGUUGGGAGUUGCACCAGGAAAUAUGUACCUUUUUGGUAUUUAAUCUUUGUAAGUGUAGCAAGCUUCCUUAAGGCAGUUGAUUUGUAUGCAAAACAAUUCUUGACAAAGUUCAAUUUUAAACUUAGAAAUAGUUGAGAAAAUGAUGAAUGAGCGAUCAACCAAAUGCACACUCAUCAAAAGAAAAAAUGAAAAAGAAACCCCAAAGCCCAAUCCCACUUUUUGCACAGAGUAAAAUGAUGAAUCAGCACUAGCGUCUUGAUACCAUUGUCAGUGUCUUUUAUUUUGUGCUAUGGGCUUAUGCACACAUCAU